GUGAAUAUAUUUUAAUUAAAAAUUUAAUUUAGAUUAUUUUAUAAAAACAAAAUAGAAUGUCUUGCACAAAAGAGAAAGUGAAACCGAUGGUUCCUUUAAAAACUUUAGAUAUUAUUUUCCGUCGACGCUAUGUACAAAAUACUCAACAUUAUUUCGCCAAUAGAAAACAUGCUAUGCCCGAAGAUAAGAUGAAGAAAAAGGCAUUGAGACCUUUUCGAGUGCCAAGGUCUGAAAAGUUACUUUCUUAUAUAAAAUAUAGCGAUCGUAAGGAGAAACUUAUGAGCAGAAGUAGAUGGAUGCAACCAUUACAUUUAAAAGAUAAUCUUAGAAUAGCUGCAACUAGAGAUAUAUCCGAAAGACUUUUUAUCGAAGAACCACCUGAUGAUGUAAGAGCUGUGGUAGAAAUUCACCCUGAGUUUUAUACAGUCAUAGAAGGACGCCCUUUGCGAUGUUUUGAUGAUAUAAAAGUUUACAUUAAUAAUAUUCGAAGUUAUGCUAUGAAUCGGCAACAAAUUGGCUACCGACGAGAUUUGAUCUUGAAAAUAGAACAUAACUUGAUAAUAGAAAAUAAUGAACAUGAUAAAAUUGUUGUUGGUUUAAAACAACAUAUUAAAAACUUUCAAAAAUUUUUAACAGAGGAUUAUAAGAGAUCUUGUGCUAGAGUUUCUAAGGCUGAAAAAGUGUAUGCUGAUUUAGUUGCCAAAAAUUCUGAAUUUCUUGGAUAUGCAACACAGAUAACUAUAUUAAAUAACAUAUUAUUUAAACUCGAUGCUAUUCGUAGUGUGUUGAAGAUGUAUAGGAGCUACUUGAUCUUUGUCGCACCACUGUCGUGGCGUCGAUUAUACGAUGAGAAAUUGAAAGAUAAAAUUCAAUCGUUACAAUUUGAAACUGAUACGUUUAAAACGGAUAAUGAUUUAGUAGACACUCUGGACAUUGACAGAAUGGUAGAGGUGGCAAAACAAGAACUACAAAACCCUUAUCCACCGUACAUUUAUUUUAACCUUCCCGAGCAAAUGUUAUAUAUAUUCAGAACAAUGGAAUUGCAAAGUAGAGAGUACCUAAUACAACUUUCCAAAACAGGUUCUCCUUAUAAACUUUUACAAGAUCGAAUUCAGCACUUAAAAAUGGCAACGAAACAAGAACUAGAUUAUUUUCAGUUCUACAUUGACAGCAUCAACCAUGAAAUAGACAGAGAAAACUAUAAUGAAAUACACUUGCAAAAUAAGUUUUUCCGGAUUCUCAACACAAACUUUUACGAUAGUGUCGCAAGUCCAAGCACGUUAAAAUUGAAAAUUUGUAUAGAAUACGUUUAUGAACAAGUGUUCGGUAAAUGUGAAGAAGGUCAUCAAAACUUGCAAGAUCCCAUGAAAAUUUUGGAGGUCAUGUAUGAAGAUUAUAAUUUACGUCUAGAUUCAUUAGAUUUCAACAUAGUUAAUCAAGCACGAAACGAUUUCUUUGCUCAAGAUUUAAAAACAAUGAAAAAUGCAUUUAUGGCUCAGCGUGAAUUGCGAGCUUUCUAUGAAAUGACUGUUGCUAUGAAUAAGGCAUUUUUGCCUCCAGCAAAGUAUAAAAGACCUGUUUUUAAAAAGUUUCUAGAUAAAAAAUCAAAAAUUGCAUUUGUUGAAGAAAGGCAAGAUUCGCAAAUGGAGAGUUCUGAAAAAUCAAAACGUCAGAAGUAUGCAUUAAGUCAAGAGGAAAGAGACGGUUUAUUGUUCUUCACAGAGUGGUGUGAAGGAAUGAACCCAGCUCCAUACUUGACUGAGUAUUAUACGUUUGUGAAACCUGCCUUUCAUUGGGUACCCCGAAAAUCUGUUAUACCUUAAUAACAUAUUCCUUUAUUAACCAACUUCA